CUGCGCUGCGCCAUCAUCGUCUGCUCCAGGCAGCAGAGAGCCGCUCGUACAAGUAUUUAAUAUAUCCCGCUAAAAACGCUAUUUACUUUUUUUUACUGAUUACCAGUGAUUUUUUCACCAUCAUGGGGAGCUUUACGGCUGGUUUUGCGCAACAUGGAAAACAUUAAGACAAGACUUUAGGCGAUUAUCUUGGAUUUGAACACAAGCAAUGUGGAGAAAAUAAGGACCCUGCUGUGCUUGAAUUUUAGGGGGCACAUUUCCUGAGAGCUGCUAUGUCGCUCAUUUGAGAUGUUUGAGUGAACGAUCUGAGACAAAGGGUCACAGAUCAUAGAGGAUGGGCUGUGUGCAAUGUAAGGACAAAGAGGCUGCUAAGUUAACAGAGGACCGGGACACCAGUCUGUCUCAGAGUGGCGUGGGUUAUCAGUAUGGUGUUGAUCCCACGCCACAGCAUUACCCAAGCCUUGGUGGGGUCACUGCAGUCGCCGCCAUUCCCAACUACAAUAACUUCCUUGGCGCUCCGGUCACGCAAGGCAUGACAGUCUUUGGAGGGGUGAGCACGACAAUACAGCAAGGAACACUCCGUACGCGAGGAGGCACAGGUGUCACUUUGUUUGUUGCUCUCUACGAUUAUGAGGCACGUACUGAAGAAGAUCUCAGUUUUAGGAAAGGAGAAAGGUUUCAAAUCAUCAAUAGCACUGAGGGUGAUUGGUGGGACGCCCGCUCUCUCACCACAGGAGGAACCGGCUUCAUUCCCAGUAAUUACGUCGCUCCUGUGGACUCUAUCCAUGCUGAGGAUUGGUAUUUUGGUAAGUUGGGCCGUAAGGAUGCAGAGAGGCAACUUCUCUCCACAGGAAAUCCACGUGGCACCUAUCUGAUUCGCGAAAGUGAAACCACUAAAGGUGCCUUCUCCUUGUCUAUUCGUGACUGGGAUGAUGUAAAAGGUGAUCAUGUGAAGCACUAUAAAAUCCGCAAGCUUGACAGUGGAGGAUAUUACAUCACCACCAGAGCUCAGUUUGAAACCCUUCAACAGCUGGUCCAGCAUUACUCGGAAAGGGCAGCGGGGCUUUGCUGUCGCUUGGUGGUCCCUUGCCACAAAGGGAUGCCAAGGCUCACCGACCUGUCUGUCAAAACCAAAGACGUGUGGGAGAUCCCACGGGAGUCGCUGCAACUCAUAAAACGCUUGGGCAACGGCCAGUUUGGGGAGGUUUGGAUGGGUACGUGGAACGGGAACACUAAAGUGGCUGUGAAGACCCUAAAGCCCGGCACCAUGUCUCCAGAGUCCUUCCUGGAGGAAGCACAGAUCAUGAAGAAACUACGACAUGAUAAACUAGUGCAGCUCUACGCUGUCGUUUCUGAGGAGCCCAUCUACAUCGUCACUGAGUACAUGGGCAAAGGAAGUCUUCUAGAUUUCCUGAAGGAUGGGGAGGGACGAGCUCUGAAGCUGCCAAACUUAGUUGAUAUGGCUGCUCAGGUGGCUGGAGGUAUGGCCUACAUCGAGAGAAUGAACUAUAUUCACAGAGAUUUGCGCUCCGCUAACAUUCUGGUGGGUGAUAACCUGGUGUGUAAGAUCGCUGAUUUUGGCCUGGCCAGACUUAUUGAGGACAAUGAGUACACAGCCCGACAAGGAGCUAAAUUUCCCAUUAAGUGGACGGCUCCGGAAGCGGCUCUGUAUGGGAAGUUCACCAUUAAAUCUGAUGUUUGGUCUUUUGGAAUUCUGCUCACAGAGUUAGUGACUAAAGGCCGAGUGCCAUAUCCAGGUAUGAAUAACAGGGAAGUACUGGAACAAGUGGAGCGUGGUUACCGGAUGGCGUGCCCUCAGGACUGUCCCAGUUCUCUACACGAGUUGAUGGUUCUGUGCUGGAAGAAAGAUGCAGAGGAACGGCCCACUUUUGAGUACCUGCAGGCCUUCCUUGAGGAUUACUUCACGGCGACCGAACCUCAAUAUCAGCCUGGAGACAACCUCUAAACCCAGUAUCCUGGGCUUACCCUGAUCUCUCCCUUCCUGGGGUAUCCUGUAUGCCCCCUCCACUGACCUCCUGUCUGUUUGGAGGCAGUUACCGCUUCAUGAGUUCAAACAAACUCCUGUUAUUUCCUGUGGCCUCAUACCCUAGUCGAAACCAGAGAAGACUGAAUCAUUUGCACAGAUUUUUUACAGAUGAGAAAGCUGGGGUUCGAAGCAGAGGGAAUUUUUGGUAAUGUUGGAGGGAGAUGGCGUGGAAAAGCUUUUGUUCAGGGAUGUGACCAUAACCAUUAUAGUGAUAUGCCUGUAUUCUGUGUAAAUACCAGAUGUUUGUUAUUAUUUUUAUUCAUGUUUGGUUUAUUCUUUGUUAUAUCCACUCAUUUUUGUCUUGUUUGAUGCCUGCCAAUGCACAACACUUUCAUGUUUCAUGUCUUUGUGUCUGCUCAUAAUGUUUGGGUUAUAAGAAUGUAUGUCAUUUAUUUGUUCUCUCAUCUGCUUGUGAGAUUGCUUCCCAGGCAGAAGAAUUCGAAUUCAAAACGUCUUUUCAUAUUAUAGAUGGUUUGAAAUUCUUCAGGCUUAACCUGCUAGAGAAAUGUAUCUUAUUUCUCUUUUAUUUCUUCAGUUUUUUUACAAUGCUUAAAAUGAUGAGCUCACUCUGUGUUAAUCUGUAGAAAAUUUGUGUCCUCUUCAAAAUAUUAGAUCUUUAUGUAAAACAAAAGUUAUUUUACGCAUAAUGUUUUUUUAGGCCAAAUUGUAUAAACUGCCAUAUGUUAGCAUAUAUCCACUUCCUCGUUGUUGGAGAAAAUACAUCAUUUUGAGUUUUUCGAGGUACCAGGUAUAUAACAGUAUUAAACCAAAUAGAAAGGCAUCAUGGCACAUCUGAUUAUAAUGUUUUCAAUAUAUUCUAUAGACGAGGAUGCCUUAUAUAAUUCAUUUUUGAAAGCAGCGCAGAUAUGUUAUUUGCUGUCUAUGAUGGUGGUUCUCAACUGGUUGCCUCAAGAUAUAAUACAUUUAUGAAUGCCCCAACACACUAUCAAAGUAGUUUAUUGUCUUCAAUUCAAUUAUUAUCCUUAUUUAUUAAACAUUAACAUUUAUUAUGUUGUUUAUUUGUAAAUUAUUGACUAAUUGUUUUGUUUUUUUGAUGAAUAUGUGUUUUCAGCAGCCAAUAACUAAAACAUUUGUGUUACCAUUGCAAUUGAAGCUGUUUUUAAAAGAGUUUGGGUCAUAAUCUUUUUACAUGAUGUAGUUUUGGUCAUGAUUUUUCAGGAUAACUGAACCUGUCAGUACUGAAAUAUGCCUGAUAUGGCUUAUACCAAACCUAUUACUUACUUUGUUGGGAACAAUGCAAAGCUCAAUAUGACCACUCUGGCGACAGAAGUCCCGCCUUCCAGGUAAAAGAACCAAUCAUCAUUCGAUACAGACUGAUGAUUCUCUGCGGCAGGGACUUUCAUUGUCAAGUAAGGCGCUGUCAAGUUAAGACCAAGGUGUUGUAUAGUGCAAUUAGGGCUUAAAAAAAAAAAAUUAUGGUAUAGUUGAUGUCAGGUUUAACAUAAAUAACAACAUGCAAAAAAAAUGUGUAGUUUCAGCACAUGAUUUCGGGGUUAUCUAUUUUUCUUUAUUCAAGUAGAUAGGACAUUAGUCUUGCACGACUAAAAUAACUGCCCGGAGGCAUUGCAAACAUGGCCUCCUAGCAGCGUGACUUCCCUAAAGAGACUUUACUUCUACCAAGUGACCAGAAUAUGUUGCCAUAAUAUAGAACAGAAUAUAUGGAUAUGGAAUAUACAAAAUAUAUGUUUGGACAUGAGAUGUUAGACUAAAGGUUUAGUUGCAUUUUAUUGUUUAAUAUUUUUAUUUCACUGUUCAGUUUCUUUCAACCGCAUGCCCUCUCCUCUUAAAACUCCAUCCUCCAUGAUGUGCCCAAUAAUAAUUUUCACUGUAUUCAGAGCUUAGACCGUCACAGAGACACAUAUGACUUUAAGAUGUGACCAGUUGAGAGCCACUGGCCUACAAUAUCCCAAAACGAAUUUUAAUUUUCUUUUCUUUUUUAAAGUAUGAUUCCAUUUCAGUGUUUAGUCAUUAAAAAUUCACUGUGUUAUCUCUAAAACUCCCUUGUGUUUAUUACCGUAUAUGACAUUAUGGUGCCUUGGAAGCCGGUCUGAACCAGUUUCCCUAAUAUGAAACAUCUGUAAAGUCCUUAACUAACUUGGCAGGGUGUAAGCAAAGCAGCUGCUUUUGGUUUCAAACACAGCCUCACGUGACACUUUGAUUGCUUUUCCAAAGUUUCUCAUAAAUUCCUGCUUGCCAUACUGUAUGUGAAGGUGGGAGAAUCGGAUUCCAUUUUCCUGAAGUUGCCCUGACAACCAGUCCGUCUUCAUUUAUCUCAGUAUCCGUGCUAUUUAUUGGGUUCCCCAUCAUAAGACUCCUUUCUUAUAUGUAUUUAUUUUAUCUAACAUAGAUUACCUGUUAUGUGUUUGGAAUAAGGCAUUUUGACAUAGUUUUCCUAUAAUUAUACAGUGGUCAUGGUUAUGUUUUCUAAACCUGUUUAUUGAGUUAUGCAUUUGGUUUAGCCUUUCACAUUUAAAUGAUCUCUGCCACCUUUUUAACAUGCAGUUUUGUUAACUCGUUUCCCAUUUGGAAAUAAAAAGUACAACAUUUUACACUCU